AUGGCGUCGUCUGCCGGCGGGGAUUACGGCGCAUCAGGCGGCGGCGGAAGCUGGGUAGCGCUCCUCCGCGCGCUUCUCGCGCAGGAGGAGGUUCUAUUCGGCAUAUUAAUCGCUGGCAGCGCGACGCAGGCCUGGUGGCAGCUCUACGGCGUGUCGCGCUCGCUCAAAGCUCUCAAAUCCGCGCGCGAAACGACCAUCGCGGAACUCAACGGGAUUCCGCCAGCGGGCGGCGGAGCUUCGGAGGUUCCCCGCGCGGCCGGGGGGGAGGCUGGCGGAAACGGUGGGUGGCGACGGUGGUUCAGGCGCGCGCCGGAGCAGGCCAGCGGGUCAGGCGGGGAGAAAUUAGACGGAGCGGGAGGUAGCAGCAGUAGCGGGGAUAACAGGAGUAAUGGCAGCGGUGAAAGUAAUGGGUACUUCACGCGCCUAUGGCGGGGGAAUGGAGGCAGAGAGAGCAGGCCAGGGAAGGAUGAUAGCAGCAGUCUCAGCGUCCGCAGCAGCACCAGCGGUGGUGGCACCAGCAGCAGUAGCAGCAGCGGGAGCAGCAGCAGCAGCAGUGGCGGGUUGAAAUGGCUGUUACCCGUGGGUAGAAGCAAAAGCGACGAAGGGUCGUCAAGCCAGUCAGCAGCAGCACGGGGGCAACGGGAGCUGGGCCAGGGGCCGUCAGAUGCGAGUGAGCUAGCAGAUUACACCAACCCGCACGAGCUGGUGCUGGUCAGAGGAUCCGUGCAGCUCUCCUCCCCUUCCCCCUCCACCUCCUCCUCGUCUUCCACCUCCUCCUCCUCCCCCGCCUCCUCCUCCCCAGCUUCCUCCUCCGCACUCUCCUUCCCCCCGUUCCCCCGGCCUGGGGUGGGAAAAGGGUCUGUGGCUGUGGCUGGGUCAGGUUGCGCACCCCUGCUGCCCAUACACGGUGCCAAGCAGCCAUGCGCUGUGGUGGAGCGGUCGGACGUGAUCUUAUACUCGGAGCUGCAUCCGCUGCUGGGCUGGGUAAUCAAGUCAGAUCAGGUCAACCUCGUCAGACAAUCUGUCCCCUUUUCUCUAGCAGACACCUCCCACUUAUUGGCGCCACGUGUUGACAUUUCAUUGGUGGGCGCCACACAACCGCUACCGCUGAACACCGUGUACAGUCACAUGCAGAAGGCCGACCCCUCAUGGGGCGCCACCGCCCUGCAUGUGCUUAUAGGGAAGCGCUUACCAGUGGGCCUGCGCACGGACGAGAGGGUGCUACCGAUCAAUCACGAGCUGACAGCUGUCGGACAUGUGAGGCGCGGAUCCGACGGCCGUCCCGCCAUCUUCGCUUCCCCCAAGUUCCCCUACUUCCUCUUCCCAGAGACCAAGGCGGGCAUGAUUCAGAAGCUGAACCAGCGGUGGGGGGCACUGCUGGGGUGGGGAGUGCUGCUGUCUGCCGCUGCUGCAGGGGUCAUAGGCCUUGCUGUGUGGAAGACUUACCGUCGCCGGCAGGCCAGGCGGCAGCGGCGGCAGCAGUUGGAGCAGACAGAGCUGGAACGAUGGAUGGCGAUCCUUCUCGAGAGGCAGCAGCAGGCAGCAGGAGGAGGAGGAGGAGCAGGAGCAAGAGCAGGGGCAAGCUCAGGAACAGAAGGGAGUGGGAGUGCACGUGUGAAUGCACAAGGUGGACUGGGUCAAACCUUAAAUGGCGGGGCAAUAGCAGCUUCGCCUUCGGAGCUAGAGCAGAAUUUGGAGAACCUGAUUCGCGGUGGGGAUGCGGAUGAGGAGGAGGUGGUGGGGGAGGAGGUGCAGAGUGGGGAGCUCUGUGUGGUGUGUCUGCAUCGCAAGCGCAAGGCGGUGUUCAUCCCGUGCGGCCACCGCGUGUGUUGUCUGUCGUGUUCGCGGGUUGUGAGAGAGGAGCAGUCGCUGUGUCCCAUUUGCAGAGGGCAGGUUCUGGCCGCAUUUCGUGUGUACGAUGCUUGA